AUGAUCCUUGGCAUCGUUGGUUACAACUUAUUUGUAAACAGUGACAAUAAUGGGCAUUCCUUUGUAAACAGCGACGAUAAUGAGAAUUCCUUUGUAAACAGCGACGAUAAUGAGAAUUCCUUUGUAAACAGCGACGAUAAUGAGAAUUCCUUUGUAAACAGCGAUGAUAAUGAGAAUUCCUUUGUAAACAGUGACGAUAAUGAGAAUUCCUUUGUAAACAGUGACGAUAAUGAGAAUUCCUCUGUAAACAGGGACGAUAAUGAGAAUUACUUUGUAAACAGGGACAAUAACGAGAAUCCCUUUGUAAACAGGGACGAUAAUGAGAAUUCCUUUGUAAACAGGGACGAUAACGAUAAUUCCUUUGUAAACAGUGACGAUAAUGAGAAUUCCUUUGUAAACAGUGAGAUAAUGAGAAUUCUUUUGAAAAACAGAGAUAAUAAUGAGAAUCCCUUUGUAAACAGUGACAACAAUGAGAAUUCCUUUGUAAACAGCGACGAUAAUGAGAAUUCCCUGUGUAAACAGCCAGGUGCUCCUGACAAGAAAGUGGCUGGAGUGAAAGUUGGAGAAGGUUGUGCAGUUUGGGGAGCUGAGACGGAUGCUGGGACAACAAAUGCAAGUGGAGCUGGACCAACAUUAGUGGGUGCAGCUGGGGCAGGGGUAGGCGCCGGAGCUACACGUGGAGCAAGAGUAAGGGCAGGUGCUGGAGCAACUUGA